AUGGCCGCAACACACUACUUCUUCAUCAUUUACUUGGAGUACAUUGCGGUUCUCUCUGCUAUUACUAUCACAGCCUUUUUACUACAAAACGAGGUUAACUCAGGCCAAGUGCCAGCAGAAACGUACCGGAUCUGGGCUAAGAAAUAUGGCCCCGUCUUCCAGAUACAGCUGGGAAACACUACGGCUGUUGUCGUAAACACCGUGGAAUCUGCCAAACAGCUAUUCCUCGGGCAACGGCAUGCGACGAUGUCUCGACCAACCUUCUACGUUUUUCAUGGGAAAGUCAGCAAAUCCGUCACCAGCAUCGGAACUAGCCCGUGGGAUGACUCUUGUAAACGUCGCCGCAAGCUCGCAGCUGGGGCAUUGAAUCGCCCGCGGGUAGAAAGCUAUGCACCGAUCUUGAACUUGGAGGCGCGGGAGUUCCUCAAAGAUUUAUACUCUGAAUGCCGUGGCGGUUCCGUGGAUCUCGACUUCCGUCCAGCUGUUAGACGCUUCUCCCUCAACCUCAGUCUAACCCUCAACUACGGGACAAGAGCCUCCAACGUCAAAUCCCUUGAGGAUGAUCCUUUACUAGCCGAGAUCAUUUACGUCGAAUCUGAAAUUUCGAAAUUGCGUGAUACUGGGAAAAACUACACCAACUACAUACCUCUACUCCGAUACUGGGAGCCAAUUGCCAGUUACUUAGGCCUGCAGGCAACACCAAAGAAUCACGCAAUGGACAUCGGCCGUCGAAGACUGGAAUACAACGAUGUCCUUCUCAGCCGCCUGAAGAACGAAAUUGCCCGGGGCGAAGACAAGCCUUGUAUCCAAGGCGCUGUUGUAAAGGAUCCCGAGUCGGCAACUCUUACACGUGAAGAGUUGAUCAGUGUGAGCUUGAGUAUGAUGGCAGGCGCCGACUCAAAUCAGCCUACCUUGGCUUGGGCCAUUCUUCUACUUGCGCACCGCCCUGAUAUACAAGACAAAGCAUAUACCGCCAUCCGGGAUGCAGGAGUUCUACAGCAGCCAUCCAACACAUAUGCUUCUACCAAGGUUGAGUAUAUAGAUGCAUUGACCAAGGAGAUCUCGCGAUAUUUCGUCGUCUUGAAGCUCGCACUACCAAAGGCAACGUACACUGAUGUCACUUGGGGUUCUGCCACGAUUCCGGCCAACACCCUGGUUUUCUUGAACAGCUGGUCAUGCAAUAGAGACCCUGACCUCUUCAAGGAGCCUGAAAUAUUCACCCCUGAGCGUUGGCUCUCAAAUGCACCCGACCAAUACGCGCAUCAAUUCGCCUUUGGUAUCGGCGGACGGAUGUGUGUAGCGUCCCACCUCGCACACAGUGCCCUGUCCACAGCCUUUUUGCACUUGAUCGCCCGCUUCAACAUUUUGCCUGCAGAUGGAACGGACUCUGUAGAGAUUGAUCCAAUUAAAGGACUAAAAGGCCUCUCGUUCGUUGCCACACCAAAAGGUUUCCAGGCCAAGUUCGUGCCCAGGGAUGGCGCAGGCUUGGGGCCUUGGUUGGAGAAUCCUAACGAGAGCCAUUAA